GGCUACGUCCCAUAUAAUAUUCUUGAUGUAGUAUCAACGGAAGAGAGCCAGAUAGAUGGACCAUAUGGCAAACUUGGAAACAAAUACCGAGAAGGAAACCCAAGAAGUCCCAUUAGCCCUGCAUUCAAGCUUCCAAGUAGUUAUGCUGGAGAUAAAUGGGGAAGUGAGAUGGCUGGAUGGUCAACCAGUCAGAACACCAAAGAACAGUUAAUUCACCAUAUGGAUGAAGUGAAUGAUGAACUGUUAAAGAAAAUCACAAGUCAUCAACCACCUAAAAGGAAUUUUGUAACACAAAAAGCUCAGCAAGUACAUGUUCCAUUAACUUUCCAGUCUGAGCCAGAGGAAGUGAAAGCCUGGUUGGAAGCUAAG